AUGGUGCAAGAAGUGCUUGAUAGUUACAAAGAUGAUCCAAAAGUUCAAGAAUUGAUUGCUAAACUCAGCAUAGACCCACACGCAGAAUCAGUUUCACACCCUUACAAUGCUGCUCAAAUUGCUCAGAUUUUCUUAGAUCAUGUUUGCAAGUUACAUGGGGCUCCAUGUUCUAUUGUCUCUGACCGUGGCCCUAUUUUUGUGAGCUUAUACAUGACAGGUCAAAAACCUAAAGAAUGGAGUAAAUGGCCUCCAAUGGAAGAGUUUUGGUACAAUACCAAUUUCCAAUCAGCAAUUAACAUGACUCCUUUUAAGGCUCUUUAUGGCUAUGAACUACCUCUGCCGACAUUUGAAUUGGUUGCACAAUCCAAGGUUGAAGCAGUUGAUCAAAUGUUGAAAGAUAGACAAAUUGUGAACAAACAAUUGAAAGAAAACUUGGUUAAAGCUCAAAUUCGCAUGAAAUAG